UAUGUAUUAAUAUUUUUAAUAUUUUAAACUGAUUAAGCGUAUCAAACAUUACUUAUCUAUGGUAGCAAUGUUCAAAGUUUUAUAUAUCGUAUAAUAAGUAAUAACUUAAUACUUACUAAUACUCUAAUGAUUCAACUUUAGUUUUUACACGACACGGAGAAUUGUGACUUGUGGAACAUGCCUAUCUAGUCAUCAAUUUCACUAUUUGGUUAACCAUUGCGACUUUAAUUUAAAUACUCUAUGCAAUACGCAUUAUGUUAUCAUGAUUCCUAUCUCUGAAGUAAAACAAUAAUAAUAAUGUAUUCAUAAUAGUAUGUUUCAUUCAAAUUAAUGGAUACACCAAUACAAGUAAUAGUAAUUACAAAUUGUUACUACUAUUGUUGUUGUGUACAAUGUUCAUGAAUUCAGUAAUAAUUUUCGAAGGAGGUGUAAGCAAUUUAUUUAAAAAUAUUCUAAUUUGCUCUUGGAGCAUUUAAAUUUUCUGCAGUGGCUAUUUUAACGAACAGUCAAGUACGGGUUAAGCUGUUUUUAUAUCUGUGGAUCAUAUUUUAUUCUGCGAUGGAGCUAGCUGCAAUUAUGAAGGAUAAAUUGAAUGCUGGUGACAAUGUUGUGGCGCUUCACGAAGGUGUAUUGUUGCAAGGGUGGUCACCCAAAGCUCAUCGAUUAUUAGCCUUGGUCGAGCGUAAUUCAUCAUUUGGUUUGUUUGUAUUUACAACAUCUCGAAAUCCACCACAAGCCUUUACAGACCUCACAAUCAACUUUGUUGUGCCCAUUGAUAAUGAUUUCAAAUGUGAUAUAGAUUCAUUGUCAGCAGAAUCAAACUCUGAUAUUUAUAUUAACUUAUCAGCACGAAAUUUUAAAUUAUUUAUGGGAAUGGAUUCUGGUCAAGAAACUAAUCAUUUUUUUAAUGAAUUAUCUAGAUCAAUGGACCUUUAUUUAAAAAAUCAUCAGAAAUUGGAUUUUCAAUGGUUGAAAAAGUAUAACACAAAUGAUCUUGACUUGGAAUUAGGUUUGAUGAUGAAUAUCAAUGGUGAUAAUACAACUAACAGUAUAAUAACAGCUAAUAUGGCUGUAUCUGAAAAUGAUAUGUCAUUCCCUACUGGAACACAUGCACUUAGUUCUCGAGAAAGUGUUAUACAGCGACAAAUGAUUUUGAGUGAAGAACAAUAUACUAAUGCACAAAAUUUCAGUAUUUAUGUUGGUACUUGGAAUGUCAAUGGCCAACCAACCUUGUCUUCACUAAAUGAUUGGCUAAUUUGUGAUUCCGAACCCCCUGACAUUUAUGCUAUUGGAUUUCAAGAACUUGAUCUUAGUAAAGAAGCAUUUCUUUUUAAUGAUUCUCCACGAGAAGAAGAAUGGUUACAAGCUGUAACAAAAAGUCUUAAUUCCAAAGGAAAUUAUAGAAAAGUAUCAUUAGUUAGAUUGGUGGGAAUGAUGCUUAUAGUGUUUGUUAAAAAUAAACAUAUGGAUCAUGUGAAAAAUGUUGCUACUGACACUGUUGGUACUGGAAUCAUGGGAAAAUUGGGAAAUAAAGGUGGAGUUGCUGUUCGCAUGGAUUUCCAUAACACAUCUUUGUGCUUUGUUAAUACACAUUUAGCAGCCCAUGUUGAAGAAUAUGAAAGACGUAAUCAAGAUUAUCAAAAUAUAUGUUCAAGAAUGGUAUUUUCAAAUUUUACACCUCCAAAAACUGUUAAGGAUCAUAAUCAAGUUUAUUGGUUUGGUGACCUCAAUUAUAGGAUAACUGAAAUGGAUGCAAUAUCUGUAAAAGAUUUAGUACACAAAAAUAAUUUUAAAAUUGUAUUGGAAGCAGAUCAGUUAAAGCAACAACAUAGAGCUGGAAAUGUUUUUAAAGGUUAUAAAGAAGGUUCGAUUAAUUUCCUUCCUACCUAUAAAUAUGAUCCGGGUACUAAUGACUGGGAUAGCAGUGAGAAGAAUCGUGCUCCUGCAUGGUGUGACCGAAUAUUGUGGCGAGGUAAUUCAAUUAAACAACUUGCAUACAGAAGUCAUCCUAAUUUCUUGAUCAGUGAUCAUAAACCAGUCAGCGCAUUAUUUGAAUCUGAAGUAAAAGUUGUUGAUUUAACCAAGUACAGAAAAAUUCAUGAACAUAUAAUGAAAAAAUUAGACAAAGCAGAAAAUGAAUACUUACCUCAAGUUAUGGUUGAUAACACUGAAAUUAUUUUCCACAAUGUGAAGUUUAUGGAACCUCAAUUAAAAGAACUCACAGUUGCUAAUACUGGUCAAGUUCCUGUACAAUUUGAAUUUAUUAAAAAAUUAGACGAUUCUACAUAUUGUAAAGAAUGGUUGCGAAUUGAGCCUUUCAUGAGUUUUAUUGAUCCUGGUGAAAAAUGUGAUAUUACUUUAGAAGUUAUGAUAGAUAAAAAAUCAGCAUACAAAAUGAUUAGUGGCCAAGACAAAUUGUAUGAUAUUUUAGUAUUACAUUUAGAUGGUGGAAAAGAUAUCUUUAUUACUGUUACAGGUAACUAUGAACGAAGUUGUUUUGGUUGUUCAUUAGAAACACUUUGUUAUUUGAAGGUUCCUAUUAAAAAUAUACCAUUUGGAAAACUUAUGGAACUUGAAAACAAUAAAAGCAACUUAACUUCAGAUCCUUACCCAGUACCUAAAGAAGUAUGGUACCUUGUGGAUCAUUUAUACAGGCAUGGUCUUAAACAAGAACAUUUAUUUGAACAAUCUGGUCUCAGAUCUGAAUUUGUUCAGAUUCGAAAUUGGUUAGAUAAUGGAACACCAGAUGCUUUACCUGGUAGUGUACAUUCUGUAGCUGAAGCUCUAUUAAUACUAUUAGACAGUACAUCAGAGCCCAUAAUACCAUACAAUUUGCAUGCAACUUGUUUAUCUGCAGUGUCUUAUUACAGUCAAUGUAAACAAAUUAUUUCUCAAUUACCAGAGCGAAGUAAAAAUGUAUUUUUAUACCUUUGUGCAUUUCUUCAAGAACUAUUGAAUCAUGUCAGUGAUAACAAAUUAGAUGUUAAAACUAUUGCUUCUGUUUUUGGUGAAAUAUUUAUUCGAGAUCCUCCCAGAUCUCGUUUAGAUAAAUCUAGCCAUACUAGAACUUCUAUGUCAAGGAAGAAGACCAAUUUUGUAUACCAUUUUCUAGUCAACGAUCAAAGUGAUUUAAUAAUCGGUACAUCUUUUUAG